GGAGCUGCGCAGUGACAACAACAGAAGACACACUGACAAGACAAAGGGUACCGAGGACAGAAGACACUUCUAACAACACCACAGACACUUUCCGGCUAUUUUUCUCGGAACUUAGGUCCUUUUAACUCAAAGACAUCGAGAGAAGAUGCCGUUUCUUGGUCAGGACUGGAGGUCACCUGGUCAGAGUUGGGUAAAAACCGAGGAGGGAUGGAAGAAGACAACAGAAGAGGACACAAACAACAACGUCUCCGUGGAGAGCUUCUGUAAAGUCAAAGAGGAGGAUUGUAUCAAUAGAGAGAACCUUCUGUUUUCUCUCAACUAUGACAUGGCUGCCAAGAAGAGGAAAAAGGACCUGAUGAAUAACAACAGCAAGCUCCCCUAUUUCUACAGAGAAAAGUGGAUUUACGUUCAUAAAGGAAGCACCAAGGAGCGCCACGGAUAUUGCACACUGGGAGAGGCCUUUAACCGCUUAGAUUUCUGCAGCGCCAUCAAGGACACCAGGAGAUUUAAUUACAUUGUCAGGCUUCUGGAGCUUAUCGCCAAGUCCCAGCUCCCCUCGCUCAGCGGUGUGGCACAGAAGAAUUACAUGAACAUCCUGGAGAGAGUGGUACAGAAAGUGCUCGAUGACCAGCAGAACGUCCGUCCGAUUAAAGAGCUGCUGCAGACCCUCUACGUCUCACUGUGCACUCUGGUUCAGGACAUGGGCAAGUCGGUUCUGGUGGGCAACAUUAAUACCUGGGUGCACCGCAUGGAAAACAUUCUGCAGUGGCAGCAGCAGCUGGAUAACAUCCAGAUUAACAGACCUGCAUCUACAGGUAUUGAUCUGACUGACCUGCCUCCAAGUCUGCAACUCAACAUUAUGCAACGACUUUCAGACGGCAGAGACCUGGUGAGCCUGGGCCAAGUGUGUCCUGAACUGGGGUACCUGACUGAGGACAGGCUGCUGUGGAAAAAUUUGUGCCAGUAUCACUUCACAGAUAGACAGAUCAGAAAGCGUCUCAUGUUGUCAGACAAGGGUCACCUGGAGUGGAAAAAGAUGUACUUCAAGCUGAGCCGCUGCUACCCACAGAGAGAGCAAUACAGCGACACCCUGCACUUUUGCACACACUGUCACAUCCUCUUCUGGAAGGACACAAACCAUCCCUGCACAGCCAACAACCCAGACACUUGCACCUCAUCCCUCUCCCCCCAGGACUUUAUCAACCUUUUCAACUUCUGAUUUCACCCCAAAUCAUCAUGAACAGUCUGUAGAUAAUGUACAUAAAAAUAUGUUCCAUAAUGUGUUUAUUUCACAGCACCGUCAUUUUCUUGAUCUCAGCUGAGGUGGAGGUCUUGUUAUGUUUAUAUAUAUAUUUUAAUGGAGAAAGGUUUGUGGUGAGGUGCACUGUUGUGAGUGAAUGUGACUCAAAGGGAAAAUGUAGGUCGAGCACUUUGCUGGUGAGGAAAGCAGAUGAAAAAGGGAAAGUGUUUUGUCUUUAUUCUAGAUUAGGAAUGUUAGAUUAAAGUUAGGUUGUUUUUUUUUAUGGGAUGACAAAGAUAUUUGGCUGUGUGAGAUGUGGAAGUAGAAUAAGGGGGAUGAACUAUAUCUUGAAAGACAUCAUGGGUUGACAGGUUGGUGGAUAUUUAUUAGUAUUAGUGAUGUGAUGUCUAGACAUGCGUCAUCUUUUAUAUUUUUUGUUCUUUUUCACUUUUAUAAGAUUUUUUUAUAGUGUUAUUCUCAAACAUGGGUGCAGUAUUACCAAAGAUUGUUACCAAUGACGUCAAUAUUAGUGUUGUGUGCCUUAUUGUGAAACUUGAAAACUGGUACGGCUUAAUCCACACUUACAAUCCUGAUGCUAUUAGAAUUUCACACUUUAUUUUUUAAAUCUAAAACGCUGAUACCAAAGUUUUUCUUCUGAGUCCUUGUUUUUCUGUGGCGUUAUGCAUGAGUUUUAAAAUCACUUGGCUCAUCUUGUUUACAUUUUUUAUAACUUAUUGAGACUCUGGCAAGUGUUUAACUCGCUCCACUGGGCUUGAAGGAUGACACUUUGCUUUUCACUGCUCACAGUGAGGAACUAUUUACAUGCUGUGCAAUGCAAUGUGAUUCUGUUCUGUUGAAUAAAUGAAAUAUUUUAA